GGACCGCUGCUCGCUCCGGUUCACACACAUCACUUCAGCAUGUCUCUGUCGGGGCGUCCCAACACGGUCCGGCUGGUGUUCCUCGGGGCAGCAGGGGUCGGUAAGAGUGCGCUCAUCCACCGUUUCCUCCACGACCGCUUCGAGCACAAGUACACGCGCACAGUCGAGGAGCUUCACGCGCUGGAGUACGACACUGCAGGGUCCGGGAAGAUGCGCCUGGAGAUCUUGGACACGAGCGGUAGCUACUCCUUCCCGGCUAUGCGCGAGCUCAGCAUCCGACACAGUGAUGCAUUCGCCCUCGUGUACGCGGUGGACGACCCCGGGUCCCUCGAGGAGGUGCGGCGGCUCCGCGACGAGAUUCUGGAGCUGCGGGGAGACAAGAGCGCGCCCAUCACCGUAGUUGGCAGCAAGGCAGAUCUGAGCGACACUGAGGGUCGCGUGCUGCUGGCAGCUAGUGUCAUGGCCACAGUGGAGGAUGAGUGGGACGCCAACUUUGUGGAGGCGUCUGCGCGCACCGGUGGAAACACGGUGGGAGUGUUCCGCGCGCUGCUGCAACAGGUGAACCUGCCGCACCGGCUGAGCCCUGCGGUGUUGAGGCGCAGAGACACGGCGCCCAGUCCAGCAGUCAAGAAAAGACCACCACUGAAGAAGCACAACAGCUGUGUCCUGUCAUAGCGACACUUUCUCUGGUUGACGAUGGACUCUGACUGCAGCUGGACUGCUCGUGCUCAGGUGUUGCUGGUCAUCACAGUUGGAAGGUCCCCCGUGCACUACCAGAAACUUUACCCUCUCUGAAAGUCUCGACAGUAGUCAUUACGGGACCCCUGAUA